CACUAUUUAAGAUAAUCCGCAGAUAUGGGAUCAGAACACAAACCACAUUCUGACUGGAGGAAAUUUGCAAUAUACUGGCAACAGAUCAUCUAUCUACCAUAAGAAUGGCAAUUCAGACUAUCACUUGGAUGAGCGCCUUCCUCUGCCUCGUGCAAGUGUUCUCGAUGCCCAUGCCUUGCCAGCUACAAGGACAGCUGGUGCGAACAACCCACAACCUACUGAGAGACAUGGGGGGUCAUUUUCCUCUGGAGUGCCUUCAGGAGAAUGUCUUCAUGGCAUUCCCAGCCACCUCAUUUGCAACCUCCGGGGCGCCACAGUUGAGCAGCAGUGCUGCUAAGGCUAUUUAUGAGACAUUGAAGAACAUCGACACAUUGUUCGGAACUGACGAACUGCCGACAAUGUGGGACCAACAGAAGUUGGAGUAUUUUCAGAACAUUAUCUACCGUCAGAUUGAAGAGAGCGAGUGUAUGAGCAGUGUGGAUACAAGUGAUUAUCCCAUCAGGGCAGAGGGCCUGAAAACAUACUUUGGGAACAUUGCAGCAGUUUUAAAAGAAAAGAAUUUCAGUUACUGCGCCUGGGAAGUGGUUCGAAAAGAGCUCCUGUACACCCUAGAAUUCAUUCUGAAACACACCUCUGACAGCCUUCUGUGGUCCAACAGAACAUGAAUUUGAACUUGCAGAUCUUUUUUUACUAAUUUGUUUUACAAUUGUGCUUGAUUUUUAAAGCCUUCUAUUCUACAAUCAUGCAAUGUGCAAUGUCAAACAGCAAUAUUAUAUAAAUGUAUUUAUUUAUUUAUCAAGGUUAUUUAUUGAUGUAGGCCUACUUAUAUAUUUAUUUAUUUAUUUAUCAAGGUUAUUUAUUGAUGUAGGCCUAUUUAUGAAUCUAUUUAUCUAUUUGAAAAUCGUGCCUUUUGUUGCUCUUCAUCAAAUGUUAAAGUUACUAAAAUAAAAAAUACUUUAAAAUA